ACCCCAUCAUUCAUUCGUGCACUGGCAGGUUUCAGCCUGAAGACAGAAAUUUCCUGGAAGUGGAGCUCAAAGUAAAAGAAUUAAUUCACCAAUGGCGUACAAGAUGGACCACAAGAGGCGAGGUUUGGCGUUAAUCUUCAACCAGGAAAACUUUAGCUCUUCCCUGAAACGCCGUGGCACAAAUAAAGACAGAGACAAUCUCACAGAAAGAUUUCAAGUCUUAGGGUUUGAAGUAAACACUCACAAUGACAAAACUAAGAAGGAGGUGCUAGUGGAAUUACGUAAAGCUGCUGCAGCCAACCAUGCAGAUGCCGACUGCUUUGUCUGCAUUUUCUUGACUCAUGGGAAAGAAAAGAAAAUUUCCGUCUUCGAUGAUGACAUUGAUAUUAAGGAUAUAACAGAUCUGUUCAGAGGAGAUCAGUGCAAGAGCCUUGUCGGGAAGCCCAAGAUCUUCAUCUUUCAGGCAUGUGCUGGUAAGAAAUAUGAACAUGCUGUGACCGGCAUGAUGGCAGGAGACAGUGAUGAUGAGGAAGAGGUAGAGGAAGCAGCUAACAUCUACACUGUCCCAGCAGGGGCAGAUUUCCUCAUGUGUUACUCGGUAGCAGAGGGAUUCUUUUCAUUCCGUCAUGUUGAGUCUGGAGCGUUCUACAUUCAGGAUUUAUGUGAAACACUGCAAGAGCAUGGCUCAACUAUGGAGUUCACCGAGCUCCUGACACUGGUCAACCUGAAGGUCUCCAGACGUGAAGUCACCUGUAAUGGUGAAAUUAAAAAACAGAUGCCCUGCUUCACCUCUUUGUUGACUAAAAGACUCUACUUUACAUGCAAGAAAUAGUAAAGCAUACUCCCAGUGCAUUACUUAAUGAUCAAUAAACAUUUCUGGACUUUUUUUUUUUGCAACAUUAACUAUGAGAUGACACUUAACAUAACUCCAGGAUUGAGCUAUUAAUCUAACCACUAAACCACCACUAAACAUGGAUGAUUGUUAUAUAAUUUUUAAAAAUGUUUUUACAGGAUUUUUCAGAAACCUAGAGGAGGUUAUUAAGAGACAUAGCUUUGAUAGUAGUGAUAUAUGAACUAUGGAUGAGACUAGUGUUAUAACUGUCUAGGCACUUGCCUGUGUAGUUGCAUGUCAUGGAGUGAAGCAGGAUGGCUGUGCACCAAAAAUAAUGUUGAUGAAAAGACCUAAAUGAUUCUUUCCAUGCUUCAGUAUACUGUAUGAUGUGUCUUGGUUUAAAUGGGUUGGUUUAAAAUGCUCCAUGAUAUGUUUCCCAGUCAAAGACACACACAUAGACAUUGACUGGCAGCCAUGUUGUUCUUUCUUUUCAUAACUUCAUUAAAGUUCUUCUCAUGCAAA